AUGAGUACUGCAGAGUACUGCAGAGUACUCCAAGUGCGUGUUAAACAAAGAAUUCAUCAGAGUAAUAUGGCUAGUGUUGGGGAUACUGUCGGCAGUGGUGAAGCUGUUGUGGGCGGAGCUGAGAAGAGGAAGAUGUCGUACGUGGAGGAGGCCGAGAAGUUGCAGGAGAAGACCUACAGGUUUAUGGCUAAACAGACGCACCCUGUAAUAAUACCUUCCUAUGCGUCCUGGUUUGAUCUAUGUUCUGUGCAUCAAAUUGAGAAGGAUGCGGUACCUGAUUUCUUCAAUGGCUCAUCGCCCAUCUACAAGACGCCAAAGAGUUAUAUGGAGGCACGUAACUUCAUGGUCAACACGUUCAGGUUGGCGCCGUAUGAGUACUUGACUAUCACUGCGGUGAGGCGUAACUUGACGCUCGACGUGGCGUCUGUGAUGAAAAUCCACUCUUUGCUCGAGAAUUGGGGUCUGAUAAACUAUCAAGUAGACCCUAGGGCUAAACAGACACUGCGCGGCAAAAAAUACUUUGGGAACUAUAAGACUGUGCUUGAUGUACCUGAGAGCUUGCAGCCACAUCUAACUGAUGAGAAUAUGAAGGAUGUCGCAGUGGAUAUCUCCGUGCAGAUGAAACAGUAUAAUAGUACAAAUGACUACAACCUUUUGGUAUCCAAUCAUAACUCUCACAGUCUAACAAAGCCAAAGAUAUACGUCUGCUUUACAUGUGGUAACGACAUAGGACAAGUGAUGUAUCACAACUUGAGGGCGAAAGAGAUGAAUAUUUGUUCGAGGUGCUUUAAAGAGGGCCACUUCAGUUCUAACUUCCAGGCCUCAGACUUUAUUAAGCUGAACAACGUCAAUAACACGAAUGAUAAGAUAUGGACUGAUGAGGAAUUGCUUUUAUUACUUGAAGGUAUUGAACUGUACGAGGAUAAAUGGGAUAAGAUUGCUGACCAUGUUGGGCAUUUUAAGACAGUGGAAGAAUGUGUACAAAAAUUCUUGAUACUUCCUAUAGAGGAUAGAUUCAUAAGAGAUACCAUCAGUUCAGAGACAAAAAGAAAAAAUGUUGGCGUUUCAGUUUCCCAAGACAACAUAUCCGCUUUCAAAGAUUUGAUAGAGAACAAUGCAUCUGAGCCGGUAAACCCUAUUGAGAAUGAAACCUAUGAGAAACUUGAGAGGUUGACUACUAUUCUAGUUGAGAAAAUAACAGAUAAGUUAUCGGUCAUAGAUGAAGCUGAUAGUAAACUAAUAGCAACCAAAGGAACAUUCUUCAAAGACAGUGAAAAGCUUCUUAACGAUAAAAUUUCGUUGAAUAAACAAACCAUUGAGUUGAAUAAUGAACUAAAAUCUAAAAAGAUAUACAAGACAAUUAAGUCUAGCAACAGUAAAGACAUACAUUUGGUGCUCAAGGACAAUUCCGAGAUAAGGCACGAACAAGAACUAGACAGUUCGCAUUUAAGUAAAUUAGUGUCAAGAGACAGCGACGCUGUGUCUAUUAGAAACUCAGAAGCAUACCGGCCGUUGGUUUUAUAA